AGAUGCCGUCGACCUCCGCCGGGCCGGAGCCGCCUUCCGCCCCACGCGGAGUCCUGGCGGAAGGAAUUCGUCGGGUGGCCGAAGGCUUCUCACGGUUCCGUGGAGGUCGCAUCGGUCCAGAUAGGCUCUGGAUAUGUAACAACUGCAUGGAGAAGAUCAGGUGCUUUAACGAUGUUUCACUACGACUUUCAAGUGUGUUUUCUUCAAGUGUUGAGGUAAUUCAUUUCAAAGUUGGUGUUCUUUUUGGCUAUGAAAUGCUGUGACCGGGCAGAUUCAAAGCUCCAACAGAGUUGGUCAGUUGGUCAAUGUUUUGCUUUUCCAGGCAGUACAAGGUUGGAACGAGAGCAGACCAUGACAUGGAACAGUUCUAUCAGGUGACCUCGGAGCCCUUCAUGGCUUAAGAAACCCCUAGGCAACUAGAGCCGGGCGACUGCGAGCCCCCCCAUGGAAGUUGGCGAAUGGACUCGGCUGGAAUGCAAAGGUGAGCUGCUACCUGCUCGAUGGUUGCACUCCUGCAUUCUCUGGGGGGGAUGAACUGGUGAUCUUCGGAGGUAAGGGCGACAGCUACAUGGGAGACCUCUGGAGCUUGGAUCUAAAAACUCAAAUCUGGAAGCAGCUGAAGCCCAAGGGCCACCCCCCCAACGCCUCGCUACGGCCACUCGGCCAUCCUGUGGAACUCCGGCAUGAUCCUCUUCGGGGGAUACGACGGUGGUCGUUGGCUCUCCGACACGUUCCACUUGGAUCUGCGGUCGUUGGAGUGGUCUGAAAAGGUCCCGACCGGCGAGGUGCCUAAAGGACGGGACGAGCAUUCAGCGGUGCUUUGGGGCGAUGCGAUGUUGAUGUUUGGUGGAACUGGCGGAGGAGGAGGAAAGUUCUUGAACGAUACCUGGACGUGGAACCUCCGCUCUGGAUUGUGGCAACAGCUGGUCCCUAAGGGUGACAUGCCAGCGGGAAGAUGUGCCCACUCUGCAGUGCUGUGCAACGACCGCAUGGCGGUCUUCGGUGGACUUGGCAGCGCACUCACCGUCCUUAACGACGUGUGGAUGUUCAGUCUAGAAACCCAUCGAUGGGAGCGCUUCAACUGCGAGGGCCACGUGCCGGAGGGACGCUGCAGACAUUGCGCCGUGAUGUGCGAUGACCACAUGGUGGUCUUUGGUGGAGCUGGCCGCAAAAAACCACUUCGACACGUGUAGUUUGCACCUAAGAACCGGAGCCUGGACUCUCCAUCAAGACAAAGCUGACCAUCCACCCGGCCAUCGCUUGCACACAGCAGUCCUUUGGAAAGACCAUCUGGUCACCUUUGGUGGUGUGGACGCCUCUGGCAAUGGUCAGCACAGCACCUGGAGCCGGGAGUUCAUCGCCACGUCCGCCGAAGCCAUGUUCGCAACCGCCGUCACCCCGCCGUCGCCCACGUCCUCUCUGCGCCACUGCGGCAGCUCGCUGGGACGCGAGGCGCUGCCUCCGACGCCGCGACAGGACACGGAGAUCCUGGCGGCCAUGCGUGGUGUGGACCUCGCCGAGGUGCUCGAGGCCUGCGCGGCGAUGGCGGCGCUACCGGAGAACGCCGGGGUGCAAAAAUGGGGCUGCAUCAAGCUGACACACUGCACAGACCACGAGACGCUGGCAGCUGAUGCGCUGCAGCUCGUGGUGGCAGCGCUCAGGACGCAUUGGACCAAUCCGCAGGUUCAAGACUGGGCUUCCCGGGCUUUGGCGACUCUAUGCUCCGGCAUGGACCGCACCUCUUGCGCGCGGAAGGAGGAGGCCGUGGCCGAGGGAGCCCUGGAGGCUCUGGUGAAGUCCGCCCGGUCUAAAGAAGUGACCGUCAAGCGCUCCGCCAUCGGCGCCUUGGGCACCUUGUGCUGCGGUGAAGACGUGGGUCGUCCGCAGCGGGUGAUGCGAGCGCUGGAAGCUCAAGCACUGGAGAUCCUGCAGCAGACGCUGAAGAUGGACGACUCCUCCAGGACCAUCCGGAAGGUCUUCGCUGCUCUGGCGCAGUUGAUGGAAGCCGCUCCCGAAGAGGUCUCCAGUGGCGAGACGCUGGAGUUGGUCGAGAAAGCGAUGGCCGUUCGACAUGACAACCUGGAGAUUCAACAGGUUGGUCGUCACAUCCAACAGGUGGCCGUGCCGCGUGACUGCGCCAAAGAGAAGCCCAGCUAUUGGUCUGGGCGAGCGACAGACGCGUCGGGCUGGAGCGUUUGCCCCGUGACGGAUGCGACCACGUUGAAUGCGCUGAGAAAGAUGUUCCUCGUGGACCACCCCGAGGACCUCGGUAAGGGCAGGGAUGCAGACAAGUAUUCCUGGGAAUACGAUAACCUGCAGAUCCACUACGCCUGGCGUGUGGAGCAUGAAGAUUGCUGGGACCUCUAUGCCAUUGAAAGAGCAAAGACUCAAAAAAAUGCUCAGACGUCUUCGGCAGCAGGGCGUGCCCAUAUCACCA